AUGAAUAUGAUUUUGCUCUCUCACACAGAAGAGAAGAAAGUGCUCGAUCAAUUUGAAGAGUAUUGUGUGAAAACCAUGAGUAAGAGACGACAGGAGGGCACUAGUUCUGGAGAUAUGAUCUCAAGUGACCUUUCCAACGUUUCCCUACAAGAUCUUCCAUCAAAAGAUGUUCAAGAAGAAAAUGGAAACAGUGGCUCUCUGGCUCCACAAGCUGCCCAUCUACUUCCAGCAGCACAUGGUGAUACUGUAGCUUCAGCAAAACCACCAAUCCCUACUGCUACAGCUCCAGAAGCCCCCCAUCUACUUCCAGUGGCACAUGCUGUUACUGUAACUUUCACAAAACCACCGAUCCCUACCACUACAGCUCCACAAGCCACCCAUCUACUUCCAGCGUCACAUAGUGAUGCUUCAACUUCAACAAAACCACUGAUCCCUACAGCUACAGCUCCACAAGCUGCCUAUCUACUUCCACCUGUACCUGGUGAUACUGUAUCUUCAACAAAAUCACCGAUCCCUACAACUCCAGCACCACAAGCAGCUCAUCUUCUUCCAGCAGCACUUGGUGAUACUGAACCUUCAACAAACCUGCCAAUCCCUACAUCUCCAGCUCUACAAGCUGCCUAUAGCUAUCAACUUCCAGCGGCACCUGAUCCAACCCUACAAGCCAGCUGCCCAGAUACAAGCAUUCCUCAAACGUGUGCUGAAUACAGUCGAGCCCUAGUGCUCAGCAGCCUUUGUUAUAUUUUGAACAACCCCCAGAGAAAUCUACAAAAGAUCGUUGCAGAAAAUAAGAAACUGGAGUCAGAGAAUACAUCCCUCAAAGAGGAACUGUCAGCCUUGAAAGGACAACUGGUAAUCAUGGCUCCAGUCUUGCUCCUCCAGUCCUUUGCUAUCCAGUAUUGUGACAUCCAGUCCCGUGCUAUCCAGUUCUGCACUAUCCAGUCCUGUGCCAUCCAUUCUGCUCUAUCCAGUCCUGUCCAGCCUGAUCAACACUUGUCAACAAAUUACUUGCCUGCUGAUGCAGCUCAGCAUGAUUCUCAGUAUCCUGCUAUUAAAGUGACCAAACCCAAACAGGCAAAAACAGUUGACAAAUCUAUUUCCAUUCAGCAUGGAAGUUCAUCAUGGAUGCCUCGAACUUGCCAUAAUAACACAGCCACAACAUGGCCUGCUCAUCAAGUGACCAAAGCCAAACAGGCAAAAACAGUUGACAAAUUGAAAUCUAUUAUGGAAGUUCAUGAUGGUCUCCAUCUCCAACUUGCCAUUGAUAGUAACACAGCCACUACAAGGCCUGUUCUUCAUCAGACAAUACCUAGGAUGCCAGCAACUGCUCACCACUGUUAUUUGUCAACUCCAUCUUGCUCCUCCAGUCCUUUGCUAUCCAGUAUUGUGACAUCCAGUUCUGCACUAUCCAGUCCUGUGCCAUCCAUUCUGCUCUAUCCAGUCCUGUCCAGUCCUGUCCAGCCUGAUCAACACUUGUCAAAAAAUUACUUGCCUGCUGAUGCAGUUCAGCAUGACUCUCAGUAUCAUGCUAUUAAAGUGACCAAAGCCAAACAGGCAAAAACAGUUGACAAAUCGAUUUCCAUUCACCAUGGAAGUUCAUCAUGGAUGCCUCGAACUUGCCAUAGUAGCACAGCCACAACAAGGCCUGCUCAUCAAGUGACCAAAGCCAAACAGGCAAAAACAGUUGACAAAUUGAAAUCUAUUAUGGACGUUCAUCAUGGUCUCCAUCUCCAACUUGCCAUUGAUAGUAACAAAGCCACUACAAGGCCUGUUCUUCAUCAGACUAUACCUAGGAUGCCAGCAACUGCUCACCACUGUUAUUUGUCAACUCCAGCAAGUCAAUUGGCAAGAUCAGUAAAUUCAAUUUCAUAA